UUUUACGAAUAAUUGAAAAAUCAACAAUGGAUUCUGUUGAAAAAUUACAAGAGCGCAUUAAGGAAUUAGAGAAGCAAUUGGUUGAAUUAAAAUCAAAAGAUGGUGAAUUUUCUGCUAGAGAUAAAGUUGAACAAAUGUCAAGUGAAGUGGUCGACACUAAUCCAUACAGUCGAUUAAUGGCAUUACAACGAAUGGGUAUUGUUAAAGAUUAUGAGAGAAUUCGAAAUAUGACAAUUGCAGUUGUAGGCGUCGGUGGAGUUGGAAGUGUAACAGCAGAAAUGCUCACUAGGUGCGGUAUCGGAAAGUUGGUGCUUUUCGACUACGAUAAAGUGGAAUUAGCAAAUAUGAAUCGACUCUUCUUCCAACCGCAUCAAGUGGGUCAGACUAAAGUCGACGCUGCGGCGAAAACUCUGAGAUUUAUUAAUCCCGACGUUCAAAUAGAUACUCACAAUUAUAAUAUAACACUCGUUGAUCAUUUCCAACAAUUUAUGGAUACAAUUAGCACUUCGAGUCUAUCAAAAGGACCCGUAGAUCUUGUUUUGAGUUGUGUCGACAAUUUUGAGGCUCGAAUGGCCAUAAAUACCGCGUGCAACGAACUCAAUCAAAAAUGGUUCGAAAGCGGUGUCUCCGAAAAUGCCGUUUCCGGUCAUAUUCAAUUUAUCAUUCCCGGAGAAACUGCCUGCUUUGGUUGUGCUCCGCCAUUGAUAGUUGCGUCAAGUAUCGACGAGAAAACACUGAAACGAGAUGGAGUUUGUGCAGCAUCACUGCCAACAACAAUGGGAAUUGUUGCCGGCUUUUUAGUGCAAAAUUCAUUGAAAUUUCUACUCAAUUUUGGCACCGUCUCGAAUUAUUUGGGCUACAAUGCAAUGCAGGACUUUUUCCCCAGUAUGACAUUGAGACCAAAUGAAAAUUGCGAAGAUAAAUAUUGUCAACAACGACAGAGGGAAUAUUUAAUGAAGCCAAAAGUGGAGCAAUGUGAGGAAUGCCUGGAAGAUACACCUUUACACGAAGACAACGAAUGGGGUAUUUGCCUAGUCGACGAAACGGACACAGAGUCAGAGGAGAAAGCAACGAAUAUUUUAACUGCCGGCUUAAGAGCGGCUUACACUCUUCCAACGGCUGUCAUCGAAACAGCACAAGAACAACUUUCGGACGGUCCAAGUUUAGAGGAACUCAUGGCACAAAUGAAGUCUAUAUGAGAAUUUUAAAAAACAAAAAACUUACUUUGUUUCUUCCAUUUUAUAUUGUCGAUGUAUUUCUUUUGGUAUAAAAGGUAAAAAUACAAAUACUAUGUAUCAAAA